AUGAGCUUUACAGAUACCGACACCUCCAACAAUGGAUCGCUCUAUUCUUACAGUCACUCCUUCCAUGGUCCACUGCCGCAGUCUAUCUCAAUGCUGAGUUCGUCCUGUGACACGACUGCGGAGUCUUUGUCGAAUCAAACUGCCUUUAUUGACCCAGGUGUGGUCUACGAGACUGCUCAAUACUCCUUUCCCGGAUAUCCCAGCCCUCCACGGUCAUUGCCUUCCCCUGGCUCAGGUUGCCUCCCGGAUACCUGGAACACCCACCUAGGAUCAUCCAUGAUGCCCCCGGAACGGACAAACCGGAUUACUGGAGCCCGCACAUCCCAGGCCCGCCCAGAGUUUUAUCCGGAGCCCGCUCGAGAUACUGCCAGCACCAUAAUCAGUGAAACAUCCCAACCGCAGUCCCUUUCGUCCACGCAGACCACUUCCCCGGAGCACUUGAACCUGCAGCUUACCCACGAGAACGUUGUCGAUCACAUCCAUACUCCGAAUGUGGACGUAGACGAUUUCGUGAUCGACUACAUUCGUACUGUAGUUUGGGUCAUCUCUUCUAGGGUCAUCUACUAUCCGGACUAUAUCAUGACGCCCGCGGAAUUUGCCAUGUUCAAUUGGUAUCGAGUGUUCUUUCCCCAGGAGCUGUCCCAGCAGCAUGCGCAUCUGGACCUUCUUGCUCCUCAGCUUAUCAACCUAUAUUGGACCUACGGUGCCCACUUGCCUGGGAGAAGGAACUGA